AGACAAAAGACUGAGCUCCAAGGGGCGGGGCUUGUUGAACGUCCGUUACCCUGUUUAGGAUGUCUCCCUAACAACCGAUGUGAUACUUUAAAAUCUGAAGUUUUCGCCGGACAAACGUUUCGAGGAUGGCUGGAACUGGUGAGGGAAAGAAAGAAGAGGCCGACUACAAGAGACUACACAGCUUCCCUCUCAUCAGACACACAGACAUGCCAGAGGAAAUGAGGGUUGAGACCAUGGAGUUGUGCGUAACAGCCUGCGAGAAGUUUGCAACAAAUAAUGAAAGUGCAGCAAAGAUGAUUAAGGAGUCCAUGGAUAAAAAGUUUGGCAGCUCGUGGCAUGUUGUGAUCGGCGAGGGCUUCGGCUUUGAGGUCACACAUGAAGUGAAGAACCUGCUCUACAUGUUCUUCGGUGGGAGCCUGGCCGUCUGCGUGUGGAAGUGCUCUUAGCACCUCUUUCUCUUGCCUUCUGCUCAUUAUGCUGGAACUAAACACCAGCUGGACACCAGUUUUGUCUGCGUUGUGGGGGAUUAGUUUACUCAAGCUACCUGUCACUGUGGCAGAGAAGAAGUACAAGGCUUUGAAUAGAAUACAUUUGGAAAUGGGAUUGUGACUGUCACUUUGUCUGGUAGGGAUAGAAAUAGCCUCUUUGCUUUCCUGAGUCAUGGGGUGGUUAACCUCCAAUUAAGCCAUGCUCUGUUCUUGAUCACCUGGAAUGCCUGUGUGUUUGCAUGUGCAACUAAAUUCACUUCUCCAGAACAAUACAGCUUUCCAGGGUCUCCAAAAUCCUUUAUCCUUUCUCUUCAGGGAGUGCAUGUGUAUGAAUGGGCGAUUUUCAUGUUGGUGUGUGCUGGACACACAUUUUUCCCCCUACAAACAUAAUAUUGUCACUCUCCUCAGUUUAGUGAAGACUUUAUUUAUACCUUCAUCCCCGUCCAUGCUGUCUGAAACGUUUCACGCGUGUCUUUCUCUCAACAACGGCACUACUUUGAAUAACUUUUGUAAGAUUUUUUUAUGUGUACAUAUUUUAAUGCAACUUGAAAGGAAUUUUUUUAAAGACCAGUGUCGUCUUCUAACGACCAAGGGCUCAGAGUGUCCUGAGUCGAACAAACGCUAAACUUAACUCAACCUUUCUCCUUGAUGGCGAUGUGUGGAAAAGCUUGGAAAAAACAAAAUAUAAAACUAAAGCAUUGUUGCGUGAUUGUCUCAUGUUGAUGCCAGUUAGAAUGAUCCAAUGCAACGGACCACUACAUGUGAACGUACCUGAUUUUCAAAUAAACUGAAAUGU